AAUGGUACAAUUUGUCCUCACAUAAGUACAAAAUAAGUUCCUAUAAUUUAUUAUUCAAAUGAGUAUAGUUGCUGCUAUAUAAUCACCACUCCGUAAUUUCAUUCAAACUCCACGCAGAGAAUACCACAAGAGAGAGAAGAAGAGAAAUCUAGAGAGAGUUCAUUUUGGUAUAAAUGGGAAACAGUUUGAGAUGUUGUUUAGCCUGUGUUCUUCCAUGUGGAGCCCUAGAUUUGAUCCGUAUAGUACAUUUAAAUGGCUAUGUAGAAGAAAUAGCACGUCCGGUCACCGCCGGAGAAGUUCUUAAGAACAACCCAAAUCACGUAUUGAGUAAACCAAGCUCUCAAGGUGUUGCCCGCCGGAUUUUAAUCCUGUCGCCGGAGUCCGAGCUUAAGAGAGGCAACAUUUAUUUCUUGAUACCAGCCUCUUCUUUGCCAGCGGAGAAGAAGAGAACCCUCAACCACCUCAAGAAGAAUUCUCCCAAGAAAAGCCAAAAAUGCAGCUCCGGCGAGUCGGAUUUCGAUCAAUUCGUGCCGGAAAGUCAUUCGGAGAAAAAGUCUUCACGCCGGGAACGGAGGAAAGGGAAAGUCGGUGUAUGGAGGCCUCAUCUUCAGAGCAUUUCUGAGGACUAGUUUUUGAAAUGCACUGAACUUUUUUCUUCCCCAUGUGGGGUUUAUUGGUUUUUGUGGAUAGUUUUCCUUUUAUUUUCAUUUUCUCUUCCCUUCUGCAUGUAAUAAUAGCAGAUUUGGAAUUUUACGGACAUUUUUAAAAGCGAAAAUUAUCUGUUUCCCCCAAGAAACCUAUACCGGAGAGAACUUUUACUCAAGAAAUUGUACUUUGAGAUCAAUUCUCCCAAACUGCUUGUUGUCUUGUU